ACUCCCGCUUUGUUUUUGAUUUCGCGUUUUUAUCUGCGUCGCCGGAAAUCGCCAACGAUAAAAUGGAUAUAAACAUUUUGGAUUUACAUUUUGACAUUCUAAUUCUGAUUUGCGAACAAAUUGAAAAAUUCGAUGAUAAGAAAAACUUUGCUAGAACACAUCCAAAACUUUGGAAUGUAUUUGCUUAUCAGCACCGUAAUGAUGUUCGAAGUGUUAUUAAUUUUGACAAUAAUGCCAAAUACAUGAUUAAUCAUUGGGAUUUCAUUUUGGAAUGGUGGGGCUCAAGUGUCACCUCAAUCUACAACAGAUAUAAUUAUGUAAACUCAGGAGAUUUGAUGGACUAUGCAGUUAAGUUCUGCCCCAAUUUGGAGUUUAUAAAUUUCGUGAUCGACAAUUGCAAUAUUAAAAAAGUUUUAGAAAAUUUGCCAAAACUGAAACAGCUCAAAGAUAUUCAUUUGAAUAUUAAAAUUGAGUUUAAUGGAAUAUGGAAGCUGUAUUAUAAAAAGGAAAACUAUAUUGCUGACCUAAUCGAAUCAAUGCAAAGUUUAACAAAUCUACGUCAUCUUAACUUUGGUACCCAUUCAUUGAAAAGAAAGGAACGAAAGCAAUUGAACAAAUUGAUUCAGUUGGAGGAAUUAAAAAUUGGCCCUAUUCAAGACAGUGACGUUGAUGAUCUCUCUACAUUACUAGGACAUUUACGUAUAUUAAUAAUAGGAUACUAUCCCGAUACUAAGACAAUAAGCCGUUUGGCUAAGUAUUGUAUAAAUUUGGAGAGCUUGAACUUAGAAGACGAUAGUUUCAGAUCUUUUAGCCCCAAGUUUUCUUCAAAGUGGAGAGUUUCAUAUUUCCCGAAAUUGACAUGUCUUAGCUGUGAUGGAAACGGUCAAAAUGAUUUUCUCUACAAUUUGGAUAGCCGCUACAAUAACCAGUUGAAAGUCCUAAACAUGCCUUGUUUAACUAUGAGAGAAGAGGAAAUCGCUCGUAUUGCUAAUCUUCGAGCUCUCAAGGAACUCUUCUGUGCGGACGUAAAGCCAAGCUCUAUUGAUGUACUUGUCGGAAUGCAAUUAGAGCACCUAGAUUGUUCUACAUCGUUUAGCUUAAACCAAAUGCAUAUUUUGCGAUUGGUGAGAGAAUGUUCAAUGUUAAAGGAUUUAGGAUGUGCUAUUUAUAAUAUCGAUAAUGAAUUUCUUUCUGAACUAUUGGAUAUAUUAAAGGCGAAAGACUUUCAACCUAAUCGACCGUUUAAUUUUAAAUACGCAACUUAUUUUGAAACCGAAAUCAACAAGGAUCAGUUUGCAUCCAUGCCGAAUUCAAAUCUAAUGAACUUAUACCACCGCCGAACACUUUCCUCUUCAAAUAUUAAUAAUAAAGUUGAUAGAUAAUAAAAUACUAUAAUUGUUAGAUACAUUAA